AUGGAAGUCCCCGGUCUUCCUGAUAGCAACCUGGUUAAUGCGAUUCACCCCAUAUUCAAGCCCGACCGGUGGGCGAAAGGCUACGAACAACAUACCCAGAGUUUCUAUCACCGUAUGGAACCCGCGCUCCAGCUAGCGUCCCGGUUCAUUACUGAAGACUGCACUCUUCCUUGGUUCCACCACAUCACCCAAGGCCACCGGAAAUACGACAAGGACUCUGGAAACACUCGCGUGUUUGUUGCGCCAGCACACACUGAGCAUUCAGGCGCAGGUAAGAAGAAAACCAAAGAAAUUUUCCAACGUCUGUCCCGUGUCAUCACCUUCAUGUUCGUUCCACGCAAAUACAGGAACACGAAACAUGGUUCGGCGUAUGGGGUCACAGCACACUCUAGGCAUGGGUUUGAAUGGUCUCACCAUUUCCACAACCGCGAUUGGCCGCUCAUUGAUGAGAGCUGGAAGGCCCAUAAGCACGAUAAACCUUGCAUCGCCAUGAACGCGCAGUUUCAGGACUACUUUUACGGUGGAGAUGAGAAUGCGACGCCGUCCCAAAGGUACCGUAUGUGGUUCUUGUUCGCGGUAACCAUUGUUCAUGAGACUGCGCACGCAUAUUACUUCUGGCUCAGGCGACGACACAACCAAGAGUUCGAUGGCAAGGAGCCUCUAUGGAACAAAUUCCAGAACAGGGCCGAGCUGGGAUUUUCGUGGGAACUGAUCACUCUAGGCAGGGUUAUGAACCCGUUGUUUAACAAAAUUUGGCCUAACUACAACCUACUUGCUUCUAUCCAGACAGAACUCUUCUACCACGAGUGCGAGCGGCAACACAAGAUGAGAGAGAUUUUCGGAACCACUAAUAUCAGUUUCGAGCGCAUCUCGGAAGGGAUAGCCAACUGGUGUGGUCAAGUUCCAUCAACGACUUGGCACGGGUACGACUUCUGGGUUCACGGUGGGGAAAGACCAGAUAUGAACUGCAUCUCGGUCGUCCACGUGAUUCCCGUACGGUGGAUCGCGGAUUGGUUCUCUGAACAAGAGUGGAUAAAGAAGCAGAGGGUUUGGAGAGAGACGAGGACAUGGACGCCACCACCACUAGGCCCAACUUUCAUGCUGGUAUAUAAUCGAGACCGGAGAGGUCAUGCUUCGCUUCAUUUCGCGAAGUUGGCGGAUCUGGACCCGUACCUGCACGCAGCUCAUGGGCAAACCCAUGGUAUAGGUCUUCACGACGAUUAUCGUGACUUCGAGUGUUAG